GAUAAGAUUAUCUUCAUUUCCAUUACUUCUUGUGUCUUAAAUUUUGUGUGUAUGUAAAGUGAAGGUGAAUUCCACUCAUACUCAAAUAUUAUUCUCUAUGAAGCUUCUUUGCAUCUAUAAGCAGCCACCAUCAUCACCUUUUGCAUCAGUUUCUAAACUGUUAUUAAAUAAUCAUAAAGCCAUAUUCAAAAACGUUUCUUCAUUUUCUUUAUGUUGUAAAGUUCAUGCAUUGAAGGAAGAUUCAAAGCAAUAUGAGAUAGAUCCAGAGAAGGCGAAAGAAGCCCUCAAAGAGCUUGACCAGAAAAUCCAAUCUAUCUCUAAUAAACAAGUUUCAUCUCCUCCAAAACUCAAGGUUUUAGAUAUGAAGCCUACGAGAGAGGGAAUGAUAAGUGAGAAUGGGAAGCUAGAAAUUUCAGAGUCGUUUCUUGCACUUGGAGCUGGUGCACUUGUUCUAUUUACUAUAUUCUACAAUGUACUUUUUAUUACUGUAAUUAAGCCAUCUAUUGAUGGUCCAUAGCCUAGAUCUAGGAGAAGUGUUUGACAUUAAUAUAUGUGACAUCAAGAUAUAAUUUUCUCA